AUGACGAGUUCAGCGUCGCCCGACCCCAGUAAGCACUACUACGUCCAACUCAACGGGCGGAGCAGCGACUGCAUGGUCGCCCAUCCGGGGUUGAUUGCACCGACAGAUUACCCUAUCCGGGUCGAGUCCUGUGCCGCAGCCGGCGACAGUGCACUGUGGCGGUUCGCAUCGGAUGGCGAUGGCCGCGACUUCGUUGGGCGCCUACCCGCAGCACGCCAAUAUUUGACGGCGAACAACCGGUGGAAGCUGGUACGCGCUGUCUUCUUCCGCGUUGACCUGCCCGAGUAUGAUGCAGCGGCCUGCGAGCGCGUCGAGUCGCCAGACGAGCAGCGGCUCAACAACGAGACCUUCACCAAGGCCGUGCUGGCUGUCUUCAGUCUGUUUUGCUUGGUCCAAACCCAGCAGGGGAGGGGGGAGGUACGCAAUGGACCAGAUAUAAUCUUCGGCAUCGAUGCAGCCUGCGAGAGUGACGAUCGUUACAAGGGUGACGAUCAUUACAAUGGCUAUGCCCUUGUCAGGCACCAGAUGCUCCGGCGUCAGGGACUAACCAACGACAUCACCGAUGCCCGCUACCAGAGCUCGUACCUCGAGCUUGUCCUUGAAGAUGAUCAGCAGUUACCUAGUAUAUCUUGGAUAUCCGAGUUCCGUGUCCCACAUGGGGCACGUAAGAUUGCUCCUGCGGCAUGCUGCGAGAUAGCAGCAUCUCUGGUGAAAGUCGAUACACUAUGGCUUGAGUUGCCGGACUAG